UGGCCCGAUGCCCUUAUAAGGGAGCGUCUAUAAAAACUCCGCAGGCGGCUCGUCAACACUUUCCGCGUCAGUCGGACAGACAGACAAACGGACAGACGGUCACAGACCCAACGACACACUCAGGAUGUCCAUCUGUAAGAUUCAUGCCCGUGAGAUCCUGGACUCCAGAGGAAAUCCCACUGUGGAAGUGGACCUUUUGACCAACAAAGGACUUUUCCGGGCAGCGGUUCCCAGCGGCGCGUCCACUGGAGUCCAUGAAGCUCUGGAGCUGCGUGAUGGAGAUAAAGCCCGCUACCUCGGCAAAGGGACUUUGAAAGCUGUGGACCAUGUGAACAAGGACAUCGCACCCAAGCUGAUUGAGAAGAAAUUCAGCGUCGUCGAGCAAGAAAAGAUUGACAAGUUCAUGCUGGAGCUGGACGGCACCGAGAACAAAUCUCAGUUUGGUGCUAACGCCAUCCUGGGUGUGUCUCUGGCUGUCUGUAAGGCGGGAGCAGCAGAAAAAGGUGUCCCUCUUUAUCGCCACAUUGCCGACCUUGCCGGCCACAAAGACGUCAUACUUCCUGUCCCCGCGUUUAACGUGAUUAACGGAGGAAGUCAUGCUGGCAACAAACUGGCUAUGCAGGAGUUCAUGAUUCUGCCUGUAGGUGCCUCCAACUUCCAUGAGGCCAUGAGGAUCGGUGCUGAGGUCUAUCACAACCUGAAGAAUGUGAUCAAAGGCAAAUACGGAAAAGACGCCACCAACGUGGGAGAUGAAGGCGGCUUUGCCCCAAACAUCCUGGAGAACAAUGAAGCAUUGGAUCUGCUGAAGUCUGCCAUUGAGAAGGCGGGUUAUCCCGACAAGAUCAUCAUCGGGAUGGAUGUGGCUGCUUCAGAGUUCUUCUGCAACGGGAAGUACGACCUGGACUUCAAAUCGCCUGAUGAUCCAUCCAGACACAUCACUGGAGAGAAGCUAGGAGACCUGUAUCGCGACUUCAUUAAAAAUUACCCCGUCCAGUCCAUUGAGGAUCCCUUUGACCAGGAUGACUGGGAUCACUGGUCUAAAUUCACAUCUUCUGUUGACAUCCAGAUUGUGGGAGACGACCUGACUGUGACCAAUCCAAAGCGGAUUCAGCAGGCAGUGGACAAGAAGGCCUGCAACUGUCUGCUGCUCAAAGUCAACCAGAUCGGCUCGGUCACAGAGUCCAUCCAGGCGUGCAAGCUGGCUCAGAGCAGCGGCUGGGGUGUGAUGGUGAGUCAUCGAUCCGGGGAGACGGAGGACACCUUCAUCUCAGACCUGGUGGUUGGACUCUGCACUGGACAGAUUAAGACUGGCGCCCCCUGCAGGUCAGAGCGUCUGGCCAAAUACAACCAGUUAAUGAGGAUUGAGGAGGAGCUCGGGGAGAAGGCCAAAUUUGCUGGCCGGGACUUCCGCCACCCCAAGAUCAACUAAAGCUCUGUUCUUGUGUCCGUUACUGUGACGACUGACGACCCUGGUGACCCCUCUGCCUGCAACAUGGGCCAAGAGGUCAGGGGUCGUGACUGCUUGGGCUCCACCUUCUUGGCAGUAAUUCCAAAUGUUUUGCUAUGUAACGUCAAUAAAUGACUGAAAAGUA